AGAAUGGCUGCAAUGGAAGAGCUCCUGCUGCACUUCACCAAUACAACCACUCUAAUCAGCACAUUUCUGAUCUUAUUUAUCCUCUAUCUGGUCUCCUCAAGCUCCAGCCCUCAGAGGAAGGAGCCUCCAGGGCCCAGACCAGUGCCUCUACUGGGUAAUCUGCUGCUUUUGGACCCCAAGUCACCUCACACAGCACUGUAUGAGCUCUCCAAGAAAUAUGGACCGGUUUACACCAUGCACUUUGGACCUAAAAAAACAGUGGUGCUGGCAGGACACAAGACGAUCAGACAGGCUCUGGUCCAGAAUGAUGCAUUUGCAGAUAGAGAAGCUUUGCCAAUUAUAAGUGACCUGAAAUUAACACACGGAAUUGUUUUCUCCAAUGGAGACACAUGGAAAGAGAUGAGGCAGUUUGCUUUGUCCAGCCUGAAACAGUUUGGAAUGGGAAAGAGGUCGAAUGAAGAGAAGAUUAUAGAGGAGGCUCAGAACCUGAUUGAGGUCUUUCAAAGAAACCAAGGUAGAGCCUUUGACACCUCCCAGCCAGUGAGCUACGCUGUCUCCAAUAUCAUCUGUUCUUUAAUUUACGGGCAGAGAUAUGAAUAUGACGACCAACAGUUCAGAUCAAUGGUGGAUCAAGCUAUUACCAACACUCAACUCAUGGGCUCUCCGUCAGUACAGUUGUACAACAGCUUUCCAAGGUUGUUCAGUUGGGUUGGAGCCCGAAAUAAACUGCUGGAGGGUGCAUCUGCAAACAGGAAACGGGUGGCUGAGAUCAUCAAGAGUUUACAGGAGACUCUGAAUCCACACAUGUGCAGAGGUUUCGUGGAUUCCUUUCUGACACACAAGAUAAAACUCGAGGAAUCUGGGAAAAUGAAUUCUCAAUACCAUGAUGACAAUCUGCAGAUCUCUGUCGUCAACAUGUUUUCUGCUGGCAGCGACAGCACAUCAUCGACUCUAAGAUAUUCCUUACUGAUCAUGGCCAAGUACCCAGAAAUACAAGAUCGGGUCCAGAUGGAGCUGGCCAGGGUGAUAGGAAGCCGUCAGCCCCGAGUAGAGGAUAGAAAGGACUUGCCAUACAUUGAUGCUGUCAUCCAUGAAACACAGAGAAUUGCCAACGCUGUGCCUUUGACUGUACGUUCUGCCUCCAGAGACGUCACCUUCCAGGGCCAUUUCAUCAGGAAGGACACCCCAGUGGUUAUUCUACUGUCGUCUGCUCUUCAAGAGGAAGCUGAGUGGGAAAAGACUUACUCCUUUAACCCAGAUCAUUUCCUAGAUGAGGACGGGAAUUUUAAAAAGAGGGAAGCAUUUUUACCAUUCUCUGCAGGCUCAAGAAAUUGCUUAGGAGAGAGUCUGGCCAGGAUGGAGAUCUUCCUCUUCUUCACCUCCCUCCUCCAGCACUUUCGUUUCACUCCUCCACCAGGAGUCACACAGGAUGAACUCGAUCUGACACCAGUUGUGGGCUUCACCCUCACCCCUGCAAUGCACAAGCUCUGUGCUAUCAGCAGACAUCUGUAAUAAAACAAUUAUUGAUUGGUCAAGUAAGCUUGAGUGGUACACCCUCAACAUGCUAAUCUCUUUAUAACUUUAUUACAUGUAUUAAAGCUAUGAUUAAUAUAUAUUGAAAAAUGAUUUAAUGAAACACUCACACACUUGUGUGUGCCUUCAAUCAUGACCAGCUAUUUAUUCUUUUUUCAAUCAACAAGCAUAGAGGUAAGAACAGUAACAGUUCAUGUCAGUCAUACUGAUACAAAAUAGGUUAAUACAAAAUAAACAAGUUUUUUUUAAAAAAGGUGCCUGCACAUACCUUUUAAAUUAUCUUAAUUCAGUCAUGUCCACAUUUUCCCUAAAACAUUGUAAUCCCCUCAUU